GGCAGGUGUGGGCAGCGAGGGCAGGGUGGAGGCGGGACUGGGGCCCCGCUUGGGCUGCUGAGCACGUGCCUCCGGCAGGAGGAUGUUCCCCACCUUCCAGGUGAAGAUCCUGGGCAUGGACACGCUGGCCGACUAUGCCCUGCUCAUGGACUUUGUGCCCCUGGACGACAAGAGAUACAGGUCUGGGCCAGCUGGGGGGAUGGGGUACAAAGGUUUUGAGUGUUGAGACCAGGCCAGGGUCUCGGGCAGGGGCCAGUUUGAGCAAUGUCAGGGGGGUCCAGCCUAGCCCGAUGGUAGGAGGGGGCCCAGCUCAGGAAGCCUGGCAUGGACAGAGGCCCACCCUGGGCAGUGGGCUAGCCUGGGGCAGGUAGAGUGGUCUAGCCUAGGGCAGCAGGGUCAUCCGGUCCUCAGCAGGUGCACCCACAGCGAACUCAGGGCCUAGCAUAUUCCCUGGGCCUCAGGUUCCUCAUCUGCAGACGGGGCUAGGGCCAUACCUCCCACUCGAGCUGGUACACAGGAAGGCCUGGCACCAGGCGGGGGGCAGCGGAGGAGUCAGUGACAGCCCUGUGCCCCACCAGCCUUGGUCAGGCAUGGCCCUGGAGGGCUAGGGGGAGUGGCUGAGGGGCUGGAGGUAGGGGAGGAGACGGGCGCCCUGGCCACCUGGCUCUGCUCCCCAGGUACGCGUUCCACAGCUCAGCCUGGCUGGUGGCCGGCAAGGCAGACCCGGCCACUCCGGGCCGCGUGCACUUCCACCCCGACUCGCCAGCUAAGGGCGCACAGUGGAUGCGUCAGAUUGUGUCCUUCGACAAGCUCAAGCUGACCAACAACCUACUGGACGACAAUGGCCACAUUAUUCUCAACUCCAUGUGCCGCUACCAGCCCCGCUUCCACGUGGUCUUCGUGGACCCACGCGAGAACAGCGAGCGUUACGCCCAGGAGAACUUCAAGUCCUUCGUCUUUACGGAGACCCAGUUCACAGCCGUGACGGCGUACCAGAACCACCGGAUCACCCAGCUGAAAAUCGCCAGCAACCCUUUUGCCAAGGGCUUUAGAGAGAGUGACCCAGACUCCUGGCCUGUGUCCCCACGACCCCUGCUCAACAUUCCAGCCCGGAGUCAAAGCAGCCUCAGCCCCUGCCCACUGAAGGGCCCCACAGAACAGAAGAAAGCUCCAGCUUCCGCCUCAAGGACUCCUGCCCGGCUCCACCAACAGCUGCUGGUCCCUCCUGAGACCCUGCUGGCCCCAGGCACCUACCGGCCACUCACCUACCAGAGCCUGUACCCUGGGGCCCCAAGCCCCGUCGGGGCCCCAAGGGCCCGAUCAGCACCAUACCCCCUCCCCAACAUUCGGGCUGACAGAAAUCAAGGGGGCCUGCCCCUCUCAGGAGGGCUGGGGCUCCUGUCCCCCACUGCUGUGUGCCUGGGGCCUGGCAAGGACCCGCAGUGAUAGAGAUGCCCCAUGGACAGAGUCUUCCUGCCCUAGACCCACAGCAGCUGGGAGGGGGGGAGUCCACCUUUGCCCCACCCCCUCCAGCUUCACCUCUACAGAGACCCUCACUCACCUCUCCCCAUCAGAUCCAGCCUCUACCAAGGAGGGAAGAGCAGGUGGAGGCCCAGAGAGGGAGGUUACCCACCUGGAGUCACACAACAAGCCUGGAGUCAUGCCAGGCUUGGAAUCACAUCUCUUGCCUCCCAACCCCAGGGACUGGGAAUACAUCCCCUCCUGCCUUGGGUGCGACUCCCCCAGUCUUCCUUCACCUCCCUCCCUGCCUCCCAACAUUAAACCAUUUGGCAUGGUCAAAGCACUUCUGUCUUCAGAGGUUUGGGUGGGAGGGCCUCGGGACACAGACCCAGGACAGUCCCGCGUCAGCCCUGCCCACUGCUGUCUGGGUCCUGGGGAGCACGUGGUGAUGGUGAAGGUGUUGACAGCAACACCAAUCAGGGGCAGGACUGCACUGAGGGAACCUGGGACCCCUGCUCCCUGCCUCCUGUGCCCCAUUGUGGACCGAAACCUCCGCUCUGGAAGGGACCUGCUCCCAGCAAAGUAGGGCCGCCAUCCGUCAUCCCCGCGUGUAGCUACUGUGCGCAGAGGGGUCGUCGAACCCUCGAGGAGCCGAGGUCUGGUAGGCAGUAACCGCACGGUGUGAUUUGGGAAUCCAGUGAAGACUCUAGGGAGGAGUUACCUACAGAAAGUGCCGUGUAAGCCGACAUUUAAGGAAGGAGUAGGAAUG